UCCGUGGCUCGUCCACCUUAUCUGUAUAUACCUUUUGUUUGUCUGUGACUGUUUUGUCUGUUUGACUCGUAUGGCCAUUUUCUUCUGUCCGACUUCUCAACUUCUAUAGCCCUCUAUAUAGUUGACCUUUCAGACAGUGUGUCCCAUCUGGCUCAUAAUAUUUAUCGUUUUCUCCACCAGUACCAGACCUUCUUGCCGUUGUCAAGUUCCAUCCCGCAGAUACUGUCUUGACUGAAUUUGUGAUUUUCAUUUUGCUUCUGAAUUUUUGAAUUUUUGAAUUUUUAGAAUUCUGACUUGUCUCUCAGAUUUGACUCGCUGCCAGUACGCUGUUACUAGUAUUUUUGAACUGAGAUUUCGCCAGAUAACCCAAAAUUGCAGAUUUCUAUCAUUUCUCGCAACUCCAUACAGCUGAGAACCCCGGAAACCCCAACCUUCAGAACCUUCACCAAUCUGCCACUGCCUAUGAACCAGUAGCUGAGCUGUUUUGAUACCACUUCCUUUUCUCCGCGACCGCCCACGAAAAUUUUUCAGCUAGCUUGUCAAGUUUGCACCCAGCGAAAUCGACACUAGAACUAGUCCCAGAGGUCUACAAACCAAACCUAUAGACUCUACUGUAUCAAAGUAGAUUUCCACACCUGCUGACGUUAUUUAAACUGAUUUGUGAUAUUUGUCCAUUUCCAUUUUUUCGUUUUUCAUUCUAAUUUUUCAACCUAUUCACCAUGUCCGUUGAGAUAAAAGCCCGUGAGAUCUUCAACCAGUUUGCAACUGUUGGAGCCAACGAUCAGAAAAUCUUGACGUUGCCCGACUUCAUCAACGUGUUGUCGCCUUUUGAGACCGAUUUGCCAAAACCAACGUAUUCGUUGCUUUACCUCAUUGCCGACGAGUCCAAAAAAGGUUAUGUUACCGAGCAGGACUGGGUUUCCUUCAUCAACACGAUGACUUCGCCUGAUGGUAGCUUCAAGUUGCUUUACCAGUUCAUAGCCUCGUCCUCCUCCAAUAAGACGAAGAUGAGCUACAACCAGUGUAUCGAAGCAUUGAACAAGUUGAACACUUCCAUAAAUCCAAGCUACCAACAGAAUUUGGUGAAGAUGAACUGGAUUUACUUGCCUCGUUUCUUUGAGCCCAACGGUUCCAUCCAGUUCAAUGACUUCAUCACCAUGAUCUCGUACUUGCCUGUGACGAAGUUGAUUGGUAAUUUUGAGAAGGAAGCCAACAAGAAAAAGACUAUUGACAGCACUCAAUUGGUCGACUUGCUUUCCACCAACUUGUCCCACAAGAUCUCCAACAAGUUGAAGGUCAACUUAUCAAACAUUACGGACUACUUUGAAGGCCAGAACGAGUUCUCGUUAUCAAACUUGCUCUUUGUGUACGACACGUUGAACAAGAUCGACUUGAUCAAUGAAGUCAUUGCCAACACUCCUCCUACCACAGAAGACAAGGACGACAUCUUGAUCAACAAAAUGGAUUUAUACACUCAUUUGAACGAUCCAUUGUUGAAAUCCGCCAACUUCAAGCCUGUAUCGAUGUUGGAGAUCGAUCUCUUGUUCUACUUGAUCAACAAGAAGUCCGGUGACAAUAUUCCCAGAAAGGAGUUGAUCUCGUACUUGAAUCCAUCGUACAACAAUAACCUUAAGACGUUGCCUCUGAUGUUUGAGAACUCUAACUCGAAGCACAGUCUCCACACCCAGGACGAUAACUUUUCGUUAUGGCCCAUCUAUGACUCACUCUACUCAUUCUUCUUAGGCUCCAUAGCUGGCUGUAUAGGUGCCACUGUAGUGUAUCCUAUCGAUAUGGUGAAAACCAGAAUGCAAGCUCAAAAGCACAAGGCGCUUUACGACAAUUCCUUCGACUGUUUCAAGAAAAUUAUCAAGAAUGAAGGUUUCAAGGGUUUAUACUCUGGUUUGGGAGCCCAGUUGGUGGGUGUUGCACCUGAAAAGGCCAUUAAGUUGACUGUCAAUGACUUGGUGCGUAGAAUCGGUACCAACGAGGAUGACGGCACCAUUACCAUGGGCUGGGAAAUUCUCGCAGGCUCUUCAGCUGGUGCCUGUCAGGUCAUUUUUACCAAUCCUUUGGAAAUCGUCAAGAUCAGAUUGCAGAUGCAAGGCAAAUCUAAGGUUAUCAAAGCUGGUGAAAUCCCACAUAAGCAUUUGAGUGCUUCUCAGAUUAUCAAGCAGUUGGGUUUGAAGGGGUUGUACAAGGGUGCCAGUGCCUGUUUACUCAGAGACGUGCCCUUUUCGGCCAUCUACUUCCCUACCUAUGCCAAUUUGAAGAAGGUUUUGUUCGGCUUUGAUCCUUCAAACACCAACUCCAACAAGAAGUUGAGCACAUGGCAGUUGUUGGUCUCGGGUGCUCUUGCGGGUGCCCCUGCAGCCUUCUUCACAACCCCAGCUGAUGUGAUAAAGACAAGAUUACAAGUAGAAAGUAAACAACACGACAUAAAGUACAGCGGCAUUUCCCACGCUUUCAGAGUAAUCUUGAAGGAAGAAGGGGUUACUGCCUUCUUUAAGGGUUCGCUUGCCAGAGUGUUUAGAUCUUCGCCUCAGUUCGGUUUCACCUUGGCCUCGUACGAGUUGUUGCAGAACAUGUUCCCCUUGCACCCUCCUUUAACCAAGGACUCCAACUUUAAGGCCAUCACCGGUUACCCAGGUAUCUACAACUUGACCAACGAUCAAGUGUACAACUCGCAGAGCAGAAACGACAGAAUCAUGUACUUGAACAAGUCGGACAUUUCGCCAGACGUACAGAAAAUCAAUGACGCCUUGGUCAAGUUGCCCGCAGAAUACGUGUACAAGGCUCAAGACGCAGUUAGAUUGUUGUUAGAUAUCGACUACAAGUUUGGAAACUUCAACUACAAUUCCUACUUGAACUUUAUCCAAAAGAAAUAG